GAAUUUGACGCUGCUUCGACCGCACACCGCCCCUCGCUUGCCUCUCCAGCUGUUCCCACCGCUGGUGCUCCUUCUGCCGUCAGCCCGCUGCUGUGCCGUGCCGUGCGCCCGCAUUUCCGAUGCAGCAGCGACCAUGACAGGCAUCGCCGCUGCUUCUUUCUUCUCCAACGCUUGCAGGUUCGGCAGCUGCGGACUUCAUUUCGACUCCCUGGCCGAGCUCAUCGUGCACAUCGAGGAUAACCACAUCGACACAGACCCCCGCCUUCUGGAGAAGCAGGAGCAGCAGCAGCCCACUUAUGUCGCCCUCAGUUAUAUUAACAGGUUCAUGACUGAAGCUGCCAGGAGAGAGCAUGAGGCUCUGAAGAAGAAGAUGCUGCCCAAGUUGUCUCUGUCUCUGACGGGCAGUCUGUGUCGCACCAGCGGAAACCUCACUCCUCCCGUCACACCCCCCAUCACGCCUUCCUCAUCCUUCCGCAGCAGUACACCCACAGGUAGCGAGUGCGACGAAGAGGAUGUAGACUUCGAGGAGUCCGACAGCGACGAGUCGUGGACCACAGAGAGCGCCAUCAGCUCGGAAUCCAUCCUCAGCUCCAUGUGCAUGAACGGAGGGGACGAGAAACCCUUCGCCUGCCCCGUCCCCGGCUGUAAAAAGAGAUACAAGAAUGUCAACGGCAUUAAAUAUCACGCCAAGAACGGCCACCGGACCCAGAUUAGGGUCCGCAAACCCUUCAAGUGCCGCUGCGGGAAGAGCUACAAGACAUCUCAGGGUCUCCGCCACCACACCAUUAACUUCCACCCGCCCAUCUCCACUGACAUCAUCCGUAAGAUGCAGCAGUAAGGGGAACGAUGGAGCGCCCUUCUUCCUAAACGUCCACCAUCACCAGCAGCAAACGCUGUUUCUUCUUCUCUUCACUUUGCUCCAACUGUGACACUAAGAGUCCAUCAUUAUUUUGCAUGCUUUAAAAAGCAUACUAUUUUUUUUUGAUGUUCUUAAAGUAGUCACAGUUUUGCGGUUUGCACAUUUAAGCUAUGAAAAUGUACAUUUUUUAAUUUUUUUUUAAAUAAUUUUUUUGGACCUAUGGUGCUUGUUGGCGAAAAGAGUUUUUUUUUUAGCAUGAUGUUUUGCAUUAUUCAAACAAAGUGGAUGUGCCAAAUUCGGACCCCAUUUGAAGGCAACAUUAGCUACACCCGCACGAUAACGAUAUAACUUAUGCUACACAACGCUGCCAACCACAAUAACGAACAUAUUAAUACACGUGCCUAAUAACGGGUGGCCAUAUUUUUAUUUUUACAUCACCCAACUCAGGUGACGUUUGCAAGCAUUUCAGCAACGUGUUCUAACAGUGUUCAAAACCUCAUUUUUUUUUUACAUUCAUUCCUAAUACUGAAGUAGUUUUCUCCUGAUUACUUUAUAAUGUGGGAUUUUUAAGCACUUUUUUUUCUCUCUUAACAAGUUGCCAACAAAUGAGCAUUUUUGCCAAACUAACGUUCCUGGUGUAUACGUAUUAUGUAAAUAGAAAGUAUCCAAGAUCUACUGUUAGGUGGUCUAGUCUUGUGAUGUUUGUCCUUGCCUUGAAUUAUCAAAUCAUUCCAGAUCAUGACAGCGGAGGUAAAUGGGUGUUAAGAGCAAGGGGUGUCCAAUAUACGGAUCUGGGAGCCCUGCAUGGGAGGGUCUCGUCUUGCUAAAAAGGACUUUGUACAAGUUCAUCAUUCAUUUGACCGAAAGAAUCGUGGAUACAAGCGGCUGGAAUGAGUUUCCACCGUAGGGUAGCUGGACUCACCCUAAAAGAUGAGGAGUGAGGAGCGAAGUCAUCCGGAAGGGGAUCAGAGUAGAACCGCUUCUCCUUCACAUCGAAAAGAGUCAGUUGAGGUGGCUAGGGUAUCUAGUCCUCCCUGGUGAGGUGUUCUGGGCAUGCCCAGCCGGGAAAAGGCCCCAGGGCAGACAUAGGACACGCUGAAGGGACUAUGUCUCACAGCUGGCCUGGGAACACCUUGGUGUCCUCCCAGUGGAGCUGGGACCGGGAAGUCUGGGCUUCCCUACUGUUGCCCCUGCAACCCGGAUAAGCGGAGGAAAAUGAAUGGAUGGGUGGCAGUGGAUGCUGGAGCCUAUCCCAGCUGUCUUCAGGCGAGAGGCGCGGUAUACCCUGGACUGGUGGCCAGCCAAUCACAGGGCACAUAUAGACAAACAACCAUUCACACUCACAUUCAUACCUAUGGACAAUUUGGAGUCGCUAAUAAACCUAGCAUGUUUUUGGAAUGUGGGUGGAAACCCAAGUACCCGGAGAAAACCCACGCAUGCACGUGGAGAACAUGCAAACUCCACACAGAGAUUGCCGAGAGUGGAAUUGAACUUGGGUCUCCUAGCUGUGAGGCCUCCGUGCUAACCACUUGAACACUGUGCAGCCGUUGUCAGUCCAUUCAUUCAUUUUUUUACCGCUUAUUCUCAAGGGUCGCGGGGGUGCUGGAGCCUAUCCCAGCUGUCUUCAGGCGAGAGGCGGGGUACACCCUGGACUGGUCGCCAGCCAAUCACAGGGCACAUAUAGACAAACAACCAUUCACACUCACAUUCAUACCUAUGGACAAUUUGGAGUCGCCAAUUAACCUAGCAUGUUUUUGGAAUGUGGGAGGGAACCGGAGUACCCGGAGAAAACCCACUCAUGCACGGGGAGAACAUGUAAACUCCACACAGAGAUUGGAAUUGAACCCUUGUCUCUAACCACUUCCGUGCAGCCCUUUUGUACAAGUUUUAAUUGAAAAAUCUUAACUUUCAAUUUGCCACCAAUCAUGUCUGAAAAUGUAUUUUCCACUGCAUGGCAUGGAUGUUUGCAUUUCAAUGGAGAGUUGUGACAGUAUUGUACUGCCAGAUGUCUUUUAACAGUGUACAGUGAAUGUAUUUACGCUUCAAGUGCAUUAAAGUAUAUUUUCAUAUGUUUCUGGAGAGGAAAAAAAAACAACUUGUAUUUCCUCAAAAAAAAAGCUGCUUCGUGUAAACUUUUGUUAUGUUUGG